ACAAAAUUUAAUCUGGCUUUAUUUCAACAUAAAAAAUUACACAAACUGAGAAUUUUCAAUUUUCUCUCGACAGCAUCCCGCGAGCCUCAAGCAGCAGUCAUAGUUACUUGGCGAAAUGUUGAAGAUUCAUGAUUUGUACGGUCAGUCCUACGCGCACGAGUUCCAGUUUACCAAUCCGGACUCUAUUAAGAAUGCCGUGAGGCGUUACAACGAUGCUCGCGCCGCAGAGCGUAAUGAAGGCAAAAAAGAUCGUGAGCCGGCCAAGUCCUUAAAGCCCAGAUUUUGUAAAAUACGUAACACCGGCAACGAUGUAAUGGGAAUGGUUACUUCACGGGAUCGCGAUGUGGAGACUCAAGUGUCGCUGGAGGCCACACCGUUGGAUGCCAAUCAAUUGGGCAGUCCUAGCGUCAGCGGCCACAGCACAGAGCGUCUGUGCGGUGGUGCGGACCUCGAUAGAACGGUUACAGAGGGUGGAGCAGUAGGUGGCAAAAGGAAGCGCAAGCAGCGGCGUGGCUUGACGAAACGCGAGCAAAAGCAGCAGCAACAUGUCCUGCAGCAACAGCUGCUGGUGCAACAGCAGCAGCUGCAACAGCUCCAGCAACAGCAGCAAUAUCAAACCGAAUACAAUCAGCUUAUGUAUCCAGAUGGCUAUGCCUCGCACAUUGAGGGACUGCAUCGUGAGGUAUGCAAUGAGCUGCGCCUAAUGGGCGCACCCCUGUCCGAUUUGAAAAUGCCGCAGGAACUCACCCGCAAGCCAGAGCCCAAGCCCAAACCCAAGCCGAGCCAGCAGUCUAAGCAGCCCAAGCAGCCAGUGCAGCCGCCAAAGCAGUUAGUACAGCCGCCGCCAAAGCAAGCCAAAGCUAAGAGCAAGCCCGAAACAGCGCGCAAAGCAAUACGUGCUAAGCAUGUAUCCUAUGAGGAUUGUCCACAGCCGCUGGCUCAGUGGGCUGACAUUAUACCAUCGCCCAUGACGCCACAGCUGAUACACGUUAAUCUGUGUGAAGCGCUCAAUCCCACGCCCUCAGCGGCAUGUUUGUUUAUGCGCCAGCAUGGCAGCCAGGAGCCCGAGCCCAUUGAUCCUUUUUUUGUGGAGGACAGCGAUCUGGAGCAUGAGUAUGCGCAGCGUCCCACUUACCUGCGUUACAUUGAGCCGCGUCGUCCGUAUUGCCACAACAACAGUGGCGCCGAUGGCGAUAACGAUGUGGACGUCGUGGAGCGACAGCCGCUCCGCAAACCUCCGCCGCAAUUUAUGGGCGCAGAUUCACCGCCCUAUUGGAUUAGUAUGCAGCCCAUGCAAUACACAUCGCAGGUGUCCGAGCCAGAAGCCAAUACGAUCGCAGCGAUUCCCUCGCCGCCUAGAGCAGCAACACCACAUACCGAGCAGCAAAUCAAGCGACGCAAGCCAAUUCCGGCGCCGAAGCCUAAGCCUAAGGCAAAGCCACAGCCACAGCAACAGCAACAGCAACAAGCGCGUGAGCCCGCGGGCGUAGAAAGAGAUCAAUUGACGCGAACACCAUCGCCACCACCAACGGCAGUGGCGUCGCAGUCCAACCGUCGACGUCGUCCUCGCACGCUCAUCUGCACCAAAUCGCUGGAGAACUUGAAGUACGAGAAGCUAACCAUUUAUAACAAAAUCUCGUGCACGCAGGAGCGGAUCAUAAGCGCGCUGGAUCGACUGCAGGCUAGUCUCUUGCAGCUGCAGGUGCCCGCGUGCAGCGGCCAGGAGCAGCAGCGACGUGAGCGCAACGCCUUUGAGUUCUGUGUGCGCUUCUCGCGCAAUUUUCUGUACCCGCUGCGGGGCAUGAUUGAGGACAUACGCAACACGCCAAUGGACACCUUCAAUAGCGCCAACUCCAAUGAGGCCUGCCAGCGUGUGGUCUGCGUCUACAUGCUCAUCCGCCACUCCAUUGGCCGCUAUCAGCGGCAGCUGCGUUACUUCCUGCUGGACAAGGUGCCGCAGAAGCUGAGCGCGUUGAUUGAAAUGAUGUAUGCGCUGACGAAUGUGUGCCUGGAGAAGGGUGUGCUGGAUCGGCAGGACCCGGUGGUGGAGUGCCUGCAGCAGCGCUGCACCAGCUUUCUUACCUUUAUCGAGGACAUGCAGCAGGAGCGCUUUCAGCUGGCGCAGCAAAACUAUCGCCGCUUGCAGAAGCGCACCCACGGAACUGUGCCUGGGCCGAGCAAGCAUGAGCGCUAUGAUCUCAAGAUGUGUCUCAAUGAUUUAAAGAUCUAUGAGCCGCGUUUGGUGCCCAAGGAGCGCGUUGAUAAGCGUCGUCAGCGUACGGGCUGGGUGCGCAAGCACAAGUGCCCAAUACCGGCUAAUGCGGCACAGACUUUGCCUAGCUUAGUGCUGGAUCAGGCGUCGGAGCUACAGAUGGAAACGCCCGUGGAGGUGCCCACGCAUAUUGAGUGCAUCAAGUGUCCCGAGUAUCGUGGCGAGCCGAGCAGCGAGCCCGAGCCCGCCGCCGAGGAGAGCGAGGAGCAGCGUGAACAGUUGACCACCAUAUUGGCGCUGUUGCGUCAGCCAGGACGUAAGAGCCGACAGUUGCAUCAGAAUCUGUUAGAGGCAAUGCAGCAUGUGACCAAAUCGCAGAUGCGCGAGGUGCUGGACCCGCUGCUGCGCUCAUUGGGCAAUAUGCUCGACAAAAAGUCUAAGCUCAACGAGGAGUAGACUAGCUCUCGCAGUCAGACACAACUCGAGCAUGGAAGGAAUAAAGCAAGGAAUGAAUGAAAGUUCAGACAAUCAGACAAAACGCCCUGAACGCCAUAUACAUAUACAUAUACACAUACAUAUACAUAUAUAUCCUGACCAGUUUCGGCAUGCCAAAUUAAUGAGUUCCUUAUUAUGCUGCAGCAUAUGCAUGUGUGUCCGUAUACGUACGCACAUAAUAAGAUGAUUGUUUCAGUGUUCAUUGGGGCAUCCACAAACAAAUACAAAUAAAUAUACAUACAAUAUAUAAUAAUAUUUGUAUGCAGAUGAUAGACGAAAAGUACGAAGUACGAAAGUAGAAACAGCGAGUCCCAUGAUGCCUGAAUAAAUCCAUUAAUUGCUAAUAAAAAAAUAACUGCAUGCGCCUAUCACUUAACACUAUCUUCACUUCAUAGAUCGGUUUACACUGAAAUGAGCGAGACAGCGCGCCUCGUCCACCAAUUGAGAGAGAUUCUAUAUUUCUCGUGUCAUCGACCCCAACCGGAGAGUGUGCAAUAGAAACAUUUCGGAGGCUCACUUCACACUUCAAUGGAGCAGCAGCUCAAAUUGGUGCAGCUUGA